GUCUGUGUCGUACCUCAGAAGAGAGCAACUGUAGCAGUAAAUAUUAGUACAUAAGACUGUCUAACCUGAAUGAACCUUGAUGACAUACAACCCAGCGGUGAGAGAAACUCAGUGCGAGCCUUCAGCCACUUGCCUUGUUCUGUGUCGCGAGAAAUGCUGAAGAAAGUGGCCGCUACUUCGUGAACUGAGCUCGGACUGCUAGCCAGCUAACGCUCGCUAGCUCAGCUUCUUACCAACAAUGUUCAGUCUUCCACAAAAUAACUUGAAGGAACAGCUGGCGAGGCACAGCAAUGCUGCUCAGAGCAAGCUGUCUCUGGCUAAGUCCAAACCGGGGGCGUUUUCUUUCAAAAAGAAGUCCCCAUUGGGUACAACCAAGGUGGAAAUCCCUUCCAAGGUAAUCAGCGGUAAUGCUUUGGCAAACAGGAAUGUCAAUGUCCCUAAGAACAGUUUGGUGACUAAAUCUCCUUUGACAUUUUCAAACAAGCUUGACAGACCUCAAAAAUCCCAAAUCAGCAACUUCUUCUCUGUAAAUUCAAAAGGCAAGUCGGACUGUAUCAGCCCAGCAGGAAACUGUGCUCCUGCUGGCCAGACUACUUCAAAAGUAUCUGCUGUAAAGGUGCCUGCAGCUCCAGUUACAUCUGACAACCAGUUAACAAGUGGCACACGAGGCAGUUCCACAAGUCUGGAUGCAUCUCUCGGUUUCUCAAUUGAAGACUGGGAUGAUUUUGAUGACUUUGAAACUCCUGUCAAAACAAAAAAUGACUCAUUCACUUCAGAAAUAUCUGGGAAGAAAACCAAUCCAGUGUCAUCUCAUUGUGAAGAAAAAACACAGUUUGCAGGGAAACUAAGCCAUGAUGCAUCUCUUGUGACACCAGAGUUGAUCAGUAGUUCUGCAAACAACAAUGGUCAUUCCAAAAGUAAACAGUCUUGUAUGGAAACCUAUGAACUGGAGCCCGGUGUCGACGAAGCUGCCGUUUCACCAGGACCUAGUUUGAAUCGGGACCCAGCAGAGUAUGAACUUGAUGAUUCUCCAGUUAAAAUAGCCAGAAGACGUCCUCCCGCUCAUCUGAAUUCUGUCAUGACUGAUAGUGAAGAGGACAACGAUGCUGAGCUUGAGCCUUUUAAAGGAAGGACAGACAAUAAGAAAAAAUGGAUUGACCCAGAUGUAAUAGAGCUUGAAGACAAGUCAGUGCCUGACGAUGACCUUGACUACAUUCCCCCCUCUCCAAUCCCUAAUGAGAUCUCUCACUCUACUUCUUCAUGGGAGACAAGACCUAAAUCAGCUGUUUCUGAAAGCAGAGACAAGCUUGUACAAUCAAAGGGACCCACUACAACACUGCAUGAACCAUCUGAUCACCACUCAAAAGACAAAACAAACGAGCAGCUCUUCAGUAUCAUGGAGUCCAUUUGUGCUCUGGUUGAUUCCAUCCCUGAACAUGAACUAAUAGCUCUGUCUUGUGGAAAUGAGCUGUUGCUCAAGAGGGCUCAAAGGAAGAGGAUUCUUGCAACUGGUGGUAGUGGUUUGUUGAGGAUGCAGCAGCCAGACAGCACUGUGAUUUCUGAACCCAGCUUUAAAGAAACAUCAUCUUUUAGCUAUGAUACGUCUAGUCUUAUGUCAUCCAACUGCUCUGUGUCUCUGGACUCCAAGAAGCCACCUCAGAUCAGGAGAUCUUCAGUCAUCUCUGUGAACUAUGAGUCUGAUGACAGUAUUACUGAUGUGAAACCUAUGCACAGUAAGCACAGCAGGACAAUACAAGUGGAAAAUGAGAGUAUGUGUGACUCUCCAUCAACCCACACCCUCACAAAUCCUUCUUUUAAUUUCUCAAAGAAAACGAGCACAGACCUGGAUGGUUCAGAUCUCUUCUUCUCACCCAAGAAGCAAGAGACUGCCGUUCAGAAGAAAUCGAAAACCUCAGCUGCAGAAGACAUAGAGCCAGAUGACUUUUACGUUGACGACUUUGACAUAGAUGACUUUAAUGACUCAGAUAUCCCUGAUUACCUUGACAAACCGGAGACAGGACAAAACUCCAGCACCGGGACUACAACAGUGAAAGAGGGGGGGUCAAGCAAGUCUUCAUGGGACAAGAAACCAACAACACCUGUGGCUGCAGGCAAACCUUCAAACAUCUCCUCUCCUGAACCCACCUUCAGAAACCCAGCCCAUGAUCGCUUCAGAGGGUUCAACUUUCCCCACUCAAAGGAGAUGAUGAAGAUCUUUCACAAGCGUUUUGGUCUUCAUCAAUUCAGGUUCAAUCAACUAGAAGCGAUUAAUGCAACGCUUCAGGGAGAGGACACGUUUGUUUUGAUGCCCACAGGUGGGGGUAAAAGCCUGUGUUAUCAGCUGCCGGCCUGCCUGUCACCAGGAGUCACCGUGGUCAUCUCCCCACUCAAAUCACUCAUCGUCGACCAGGUCCAGAAACUCACCACACUGGAUAUCCCAGCAACAAGUCUGUCUGGUGAUAAAAGUGACACAGAAGCAGGGAGGAUCUAUAUGCAGCUCUCAAGGAAAGACCCCAUCAUUAAACUGCUCUAUGUCACUCCUGAAAAGGUGAGUGCCAGUAACAGGCUGAUCUCCGCCCUGCAGAACCUGUAUGAACGAGGCCUUUUGGCCCGGUUUGUCAUUGAUGAGGCCCAUUGUGUCAGUCAGUGGGGCCACGAUUUCCGUCCAGACUACAAGCGGUUGCAUGAACUGCGUCAGAAGUUCCCCAAAGUGCCGAUGAUGGCCCUGACAGCCACUGCCACCCCCCGUGUUCAGAAAGACAUCCUCAACCAGCUCAAUAUGACCCGGCCGCAGGUCUUCACCAUGAGUUUCAACAGAACAAACCUGAAGUAUUCUGUGCUGCCCAAGAAACCCAAAAAGGUCGACGAGGACUGCAUCAGCUGGAUCAAGAAGCACUACCCACGCGACUCUGGCAUCGUUUACUGCCUGUCCCGUAAUGACUGUGACGCCUUGGCUGAGAGUCUGCAGAGAGCGGGGAUACUGGCUCUGUCGUAUCACGCGGGCCUGAGCGACAGUGACAGAGAAUAUGUGCAGAGCAAGUGGAUCAAUCAGGACGGCUGCCAGGUCAUCUGUGCCACCAUAGCCUUUGGCAUGGGUAUCGACAAGCCUGAUGUGCGCUAUGUGAUCCACGCCAGUCUGCCUAAGUCCGUGGAGGGUUACUACCAGGAGUCUGGGAGAGCUGGCAGAGAUGGAGAGAUGUCUCACUGUAUUCUCUUUUACUCCUACACCGAUGUCCACCGCAUCAAGAGGAUUAUCAGCAUGGACAGGGAAGGUGACAGAUACGCCAAGGCAACACAUUUCAACAACCUACACAGCAUGGUGCAGUUCUGUGAGAACAUGAUGGAGUGCCGAAGAAUUCAGCUGCUCGCGUACUUUGGGGAGCUGAAGUUCAAUAAAAACUUCUGUAAGGACCACGCAGACGUCAGCUGUGACAACUGUGCCAAACCCAACCAAUACAAGAUGAGAAAUGUUACUGAAGAUGUGAAGAAGAUUGUGAGGUUCGUCCAGGAGAACUGCGAGAAGGUCGGAGCGAGGUUUGGCAGGACUGCUCAGCAAAACAGGCUGACGCUGAAUAUGCUGGUGGAUAUCUUUAUAGGGUCUAAAUCUGCCAAGGUACAGACAGGAAUGUUUGGGAUAGGAGGCGCAUACUCGAGGCAUAAUGCUGACCGUCUUUUCAAAAAGCUGGUUCUGGACAAGGUCCUGGAGGAGGAUCUCUACAUCACUAACAAUGGCCAAGCUGUGUCUUAUAUCUCUGCUGGACCCAAAGCCAUGACUGUGCUGUCUGGAAACAUGCAGGUGGAGUUCUACGAGACAGAGAGCGCGUCUAGCAUCAGAAAACACAAAGCUGCUGUGGCCAAGAACGUCUCCCAGAGAGAGGAGAUGGUCCAGCAGUGUCUGAAGGAGCUGACAGAUCUGUGCAAGGAGCUGGGCAAAGCGUUUGGCAUUCACUAUUACAACAUCUUCAACACCACCACCUUGAAGAAGAUAGCUGAGAAGCUUUCUUCUGAACCUGAAGUCCUGCUACAAAUUGAUGGUGUGACAGAGGACAAACUAGAUAAGUAUGGAGCGGAAGUCAUUAAGGUCCUGCAGAAAUACUCUGAGUGGCAGCUGCCUGCAGAGGAGCAGACGGACAAUGAUGGAGACGGGUGGAUAGACACGACACGAGGUCGCACACAGGGAGAUUCCAGCGAAGACACAGAGUCGUCCACCUACUUUCGCAAUCAGGGACAGAAGAGAAAGAAAGCUCCAUUCUUCAAGUACUCCAAGAAGAGAAAAGGAUAUGGCAACACGAGUUCUAACUCUAAAGGCGGUGGCUACAGCAGCAAUAAAUCAUGGUCAUCGUCCAGCUCCAGAGGUGGAUCAAAAUCUGCGGGCCGGGGGUACAGGAACUCAGCGGGAGACGCAUCAGCAGGCAGGAGACCGGGCAUCCUGACCGUCCCGACCCCUCAGACCAAUCAGCGACCCUUCUUAAAACCAGCCUUUUCACGCUAAGCUCAGGGCUGUCCUCUGGAUCUGACUUUCUAUGACAGCUAAGUACUGUUUCACUACAUUUUCAAACCAGUUGAUGUUUUUAAUUGUAUAUUUAUGUUGUGUACAGUCGUAAUGGUGUCUUUGCACAUUGAUGCAUUGUUUCUCUGUUGGUUGUAAAUUUUUUCACUGUCCAUUGUGAUA